CGACAUCAAUCAUUUCUCUCUUGUGCGUCUCUCUCACAAAUCAACUUUGUUUCUUGAAAGAAAAAUAGUUUCUUUUAAAGGAUGACGAAAAUUCAAUCGUUUUGCUUUCUCUGCAACUUAGUCUCCAUCUUCUUGGUCUUCCUAAUCACCAUCACCCCCUCCUCUGUGGCUACAAGAGAUGUUACUGAGCUAGUUCACAGUGUUUGCAACCAAACCUCAAACUACACAUUCUGUGUUGAGUCCCUCUACAAAGAUACACGCACCCCGCACGCGGAUCGCUAUGAGCUUGCUUAUGUUUCCUUCGGCUUCGCGUACACCAACGCCAUGGACACCAAAGACCGAAUAACAGGCCUGCUUAGGAACGAAUCGACGAGUCAUGAGUAUGGCCUUGAUCGUCUCCAAAGAUGUGACGAGGAUUAUGAUAAGGCUGGGCCAGCCAUUGAAAUUGCCUUCAAUGACUUGAACUCUGAGACCUUCUUUACGUUGGCUGGAUUGGCGGGGAUUGCUUCUGAUGCUGCUGCUGAUUGCCAGGUGGCUUUCGAAGGAUCGGGCUCCUCACCAUUGGAUUCCCAGAACAAGAAUUUGAAGGGUCUAUGUGAAAUUUGUGUUGUCAUCUCCAAGCUGUUCACUGGAGCUAGAUAAAAGAUAAAAAAAAAAAA